AUGCAAGAAAGAUAAAUGAGUGAAGAAGUAAGGAAUGAUAAUCCUUACAGUAGAUUAAUGGCAUUAAAGAGAAUGGGAAUUGUUUAGAAUUAUCAAUAAAUAAAAGAGUUUACUGUAUUAGUAGUUGGUGUAGGUGGAGUAGGAUCAGUUUUAUGUGAAAUGUUAACACGUUGUGGAAUUGGUAAAUUGAUUAUGUAUGAUUAUGAUAAAGUAGAAUUAGCAAAUAUGAAUAGGUAAUCAAAUAACUCUAAUUUUUAGAUUAUUUUUCACACCAUAACAAGUAGGAUUAUCAAAGGUUGAGGCAGCAAAAUAAACAUUAUUGAAUAUUAAUCCAGAUGUUGUGAUUGAAGCUUACAAUGAAAAUAUCACAUCAGGAACAGGCUUUAAUUAGUUAUUGGAGAGAAUGUAAAAUGGUGCUCUUAAAGGUGGACCUGUCGAUCUUAUUUUAAGUUGUGUUGAUAAUUAUGCUGCACGUAUGACAAUUAAUAGUGCUUGUAAUGAACUUGAUUAAGUUUGGAUGGAGAGUGGUGUAUCUGAAGAUGCAAUGUCUGCACAUAUCUAAUUGAUAAUUCCAGGAGAAACAGCAUGUUUUGCAUGUGCAGUUCCAAUAGCUGUAGUUGAAAAUAACGAAUAAUAAAUUAAAAGAGAAGGUGUAUGUGCAGCCUCAUUACCAACAACUAUGGGUAUUACUGCUGGAUUCUUAGCUUAGAAUACUCUCAAAUAUUUAUUAGGUUUUGGAUAAACUACAUUCCUUCUAGGAUAUAAUGCUUUAGCUGACUUUUUUUAGAAUUAUGCUAUUAUGCCAAAUUCUGAAUGUAAGGAUCCUAAUUGUUUGAAAAGACAAAAGUUGAAUUCAGAAAAGACAAGAUUGAAUAAAUUAUAAAAAAGA